GUUGGCGGAGUCCGAAAGAAAGCGUUUGUUGCUUCUUCCGCUGGCGGCGGCUGGCUGGGUCCCUCCGUCUCUCAACGAAUCGAACGCGUGGCGGCGAGACGCUACCCAGGGGGCCUGACUGCUCUGGAUGAAGCUUCACUUUUUUUUGGGUUCCAAGUCCGGCGCCGGGUUGCAUUCUGCGGCGCAUGCCAUGAGCUAGUCUUUUAAUGAUACAGUAGUAAUGGACUCUGUCCUGCCCAUAGUACAACAUCGGUCAUCCUGCCGCAUGCCCGCCAGCAUCCAUCCGCUCUGUGACAGCCGUAUUGUUUGCUGUUGUGACCAAUGCCACAGGAGGAAGCGGUACCGUUCCUGGGCAUUAGCCGACAAGGGCAUGCGCGAUUAGUCCAGAAUGCGCGUGCAUGGUUGUCUCGAGUCACGCGCAAACAAGCAUUUGUCGCUGUUGGAACACUGACUACCCUCCUAAUACUCGUCUCUCUUGCCCAUCCAUCUAGUCCAGCAAGAUCAGUCAUCGCAUCCAGCACUGGCAUCCUGCCCACGGUUACCACAUCAACCUCAUCGCAAUGCGGCCUUGACUGGCCGAACUCCAAAGGUAUCAGGACACCAAUCAAUGUCGACGUCAAGGCCUUGACUUCGUUCUGGCCCGAGUUGAGUCGAUCGCUGGAACAACAUGGCUUCGACCUUCCAACUCUGGAGCAGCCGCCAUGGAUGGCCGCCCCUGCCUCUCCAGAGGACAUUAGAGACCGAUCAAGCUUGUUAACCGAAGACCAAUACACAUUGAUCCGUGACCGUCAAGCGGAAUUUCUGAAUGACAUCCCACCGUAUCCAAAAGCCUUCAAAGGUAGAGGCAUCAUUAUGCUGGCCGGUGGGUCCUACUCCGAGUACGCAGUAACCUCGCUCGGCGUACUACGUGGCACGGGUUGUAAGCUACCAGUUGAAGUGUGGAGACGAGACGAGCGCGAAGAGAAGAAGGAUUGGUGCAAAGAGAUUGAGUCGCAAGGCAUGGUGUGUCGGCGAUUGUCCGAUUAUCUUGACACGGACCUCUUGAAGAUCGCAGACGGAAAGGAGUUGAAGAUUUUUACCAUGUUGUUUUCAAGUUUCGAGGAGAUACUGUUCAUGGAUGCGGACAAUCUUGCGAUACAGGCGCCGGAAAUCCUCUUCGAGUCGAAUGCAUACAAGGAGACUGGAGUUAUGUUAUGGCCGGACUUUUGGGAUUACGACAACAUAGAUUGGCUCGACUACGCGAUAGGUAUCGCUGAUAAUCAGUCAGAGGCGCUUUGGGGAACGAGGACGUACGAAAGUGGGCAAGUGUUGUGGAACAAGAAGAAGCACUGGAAGUCGCUACUGCUUGCGACGUACUAUAACUGGCAUGGACCCCAGCUCUAUUACACGCUGAUGAACAUCGGAUGGGCCGGCUGGGGAGACAAGGACACUUUUCCAAUGGCGCUGCGAGCCCUCAAGGAACCAUUCCACACCGUGCAAUAUCCACCUACCGAUACUUGGGUCAUUGGACGCAUUGCCGACAGGCGUAUUGGCAUGAUCCAGAUGGAGCCAGUGAUACCGCAAGGUCGCGAGGAGGCGAAGGCAUUCUUCAUGCACAGCACGUCCAUGAAAUGGUCCCACCGCGAUAUGUUCUGCGUCAGGUGUCUGCCCAUCUGGCAUACCGACUCGUCCACGGAUGGCUACAAUAGCCGAUACGAAGAUGAGUUCGCCGAGUUCUACAACGAACUCCACAACUCCGUAAAGUUAAUGGACGAAGAUGCCCGUCAAUACUGUCCAGACAAUCUGGAUCCAGAAAUCAAGAUCUGGCGAGCCAUGGAGCAUGCGGCAUGCCGGUCAAAAGCAUGGCGUCACGGCAGAACUUGCGAGGCUAUGCGGAGAUACAUGAUGGACACGUUCGGCUUCGAAUUCGAGUACGAGAACGGGAAGCGCCACAAUUUCACGGAUGUGCCCUCGAUGCAAGAUGCCGUCUGCUUAGUCGACCCUAUUUGAUGCAUUAUCGUGACCGCGCAUCAUAUGUUGGCUUACCAUAUAUAAGGAACAGACAUAACGCCGAGCUCGUCGCCUAGUGCCCGAGCAGGCCACCUUCGACGCUUGCUCGGUAAUGCUACCCCUCAAGCUGACGGCGGCCUCGAACCGGACUUUCAGUCGUCCGAUUGUGCGCGGGUUUAGGCACUUGUGCAGCACACAUAUUUUCACAAGAUGUGCUUACGCGAAUGCGAACGGUAACCCUGCAGCCUAGGAAACCGGCGUACCAUCCGCAGGCGUCCAAUCUGCGGACGGCCAAGGGAAGCGGCCGACGCCGGGCUUUACGGCAUUCGGGUGUCUUGACGACCUUUUCAUCCGGCUUUUGCGGAU